GGGGUUAACCCGGGCUGAAGGUGAGGCAGGCAGCAGUAGCUCCUCCUCUGCAGCUCUGUAAUGACGUGGCAGCGCCGCUUCAGCCAUGUUUGCUACGUCAGCGCCUCAGCACAGACCGGCCGAGCGCCUCAGACAAGCCACUUUCCGCACAUAGUUCCCAGAGGGUGCAAUGACAACCUUCCCCGAGUUCAUUCAGCAGAACGAAGACCGCGAUGGAGUGCGUUUCAGCUGGAACGUUUGGCCCUCCAGUCGACUGGAGGCCACUCGUAUGGUAGUGCCUGUGGCCUCUCUCUUUACCCCACUGAAAGAGCGUCCGGAUCUCCCACCUAUACAGUACGAGCCAGUGCUAUGUAGCCGUGCCACCUGCCGAGCAGUACUCAAUCCACUAUGCCAAGUGGAUUACAGAGCAAAACUGUGGGCUUGCAAUUUCUGUUAUCAAAGAAACCAGUUUCCCCCAACCUACGCUGGAAUAUCAGAGGUGAACCAACCAGCUGAACUGCUUCCACAGUUCUCCACCAUUGAAUAUGUAGUCCAGAGAGGUCCUCAGAUGCCCCUGAACUUUCUGUAUGUGGUAGACACAUGUAUGGAAGAUGAGGACCUGCAGGCUCUGAAGGAAUCUCUGCAGAUGUCUCUGAGUCUGCUGCCCCCCACAGCCUUGGUGGGUCUCAUCACAUUUGGCAGGAUGGUGCAGGUGCACGAGCUGGGCUGUGAGGGCAUUUCCAAAAGCUAUGUUUUCAGGGGAACCAAAGACCUCAGUGCCAAGCAGCUACAGGAGAUGCUUGGUCUGAGCAAACAAACUGUGGCUCAAGCAGGUCGUGGACCACAACAACCCCAAGCUCCUCCUUCUAACAGAUUCCUACAGCCAGUGCAGAAGAUUGAUAUGAACUUGACUGAUCUCCUGGGAGAGCUGCAGAAGGACCCCUGGCCUGUCACCCAGGGUAAACGGCCCCUCCGAUCAUUAGGAGUAGCACUGUCUAUUGCUGUUGGAUUGUUAGAGUGCACUUUCCCCAACACAGGCGCUCGAAUAAUGACCUUUAUUGGUGGCCCAGCCACCCAAGGCCCAGGCAUGGUGGUUGGAGAUGAGCUGAAGACACCCAUUCGCUCCUGGCAUGACAUAGAGAAAGACAAUGCAAAAUUCAUGAAAAAAGCCACUAAACACUACGAAGCCUUGGCGAACAGAGCUGCAGCCAAUGGUCACAUCAUUGACAUUUAUGCCUGCGCUCUGGACCAGACGGGAUUGGCAGAGAUGAAGUGUUGCACCAACUACACAGGGGGUUAUAUGGUGAUGGCAGACUCCUUCAACACAUCCCUUUUCAAGCAAACCUUCCAGAGGGUUUUCAAUAAGGAUGUGCAAGGAUCUUUUAAAAUGGCCUUUGCAGGAACUCUAGAGAUUAAGACAUCAAGAGAGAUUAAGAUAUCUGGAGCAAUUGGACCAUGUGUCUCCCUGAAUGCCAAGGGACCUUGCGUGUCAGAAAAUGAAAUAGGAACAGGCGGUACCUGCCAGUGGAAGAUCUGUGGUCUGGACCCCAACACCACGCUGGCAGUUUACUUUGAAGUCGUCAAUCAGCACAAUGCUCCAAUCCCCCAGGGAGGGCGAGGUGCCAUACAAUAUGUGACCCAAUACCAGCACUCCAGUGGACAGAGACGUAUCAGAGUCACCACCGUCGCCAGGAACUGGGCAGAUGCUCAGACGCAGAUUCAGAACAUCGCUGCGUCAUUUGAUCAGGAGGCUUCUGCCAUCCUCAUGGCCCGCCUGGCCGUCUACAGAGCUGAAUCAGAAGAGGGACCAGAUGUCCUGCGCUGGCUGGAUCGGCAGCUUAUCCGUCUGUGUCAGAAAUUUGGAGAUUACCACAAAGAUGACCCUAACUCGUUCCGUUUCUCUGAGACCUUCUCUCUGUAUCCUCAGUUUAUGUUCCAUCUGAGGAGGUCUCCAUUCCUACAAGUAUUCAACAACAGUCCCGAUGAGAGCUCCUACUACAGACACCAUUUUAUGAGACAGGAUCUGACUCAGUCUCUCAUCAUGAUUCAGCCAAUUCUGUAUGCAUACUCCUUCAACGGCCCCCCAGAGCCGGUACUGUUGGACAGCAGCAGCAUUCUGCCAGACCGAAUCCUCCUGAUGGAUACAUUCUUCCAGAUCCUCAUAUACCAUGGAGAGACAGUGUCUCAGUGGAGGAAAGCUGGCUACCAGGACAUGCCCGAGUAUGAAAACUUCCGGCACCUCCUGCAAGCUCCAGUAGACGAUGCUCAGGAGAUCCUACACACACGCUUCCCCAUGCCUCGUUACAUUGACACUGAGCAUGGCGGCAGCCAGGCUCGGUUCUUGCUGUCCAAAGUCAACCCCUCUCAGACCCAUAACAACAUGUAUGCCUGGGGCCAGGAGUCAGGUGCGCCCAUCCUAACAGACGACGUGAGUUUGCAGGUGUUUAUGGAUCACCUGAAGAAGCUGGCAGUAUCCAGCGCUGCCUAAGUGCUUUCUCACACACACAUUCACCAAUCACCACUUCUAUGUCAGCCAAGUAUCAUCUGUAGGAGGUCUCCUAAUCUGACUUCUAAUCUGUUUUAUGUUGUGCACCCAAAUACCGCACAAAUGAAGUUCUCCUUACUCCCCAACACGACUAAUUUAACGAAUGACGGGUUUGCUAAUUAACAGAUCACUUGCAUCCACUGUGUUUGGAGUCAGGAAUGCUUCAGACUACAAAUUUAGGUGGAUUACCAGGCUUGGUUUAAAGAAGCCCUGCUAUACUAUAACAGGGUCUCUGUCCAGUUGUGAAUGAUAAACUCCAUUCCCCCUGCAGUGGAAUUAUUAUAGCAGAUGCAUCUCUUUUUCAAAAAAAAAAACACCUAGAAACACAGACGCAGUGUUGCUGUAGCUUAUUCUACAAGAGUGUUUUGCCUCAAGUCACCAGCUGAACAUCUUGAGUGUGUCAUGUAAUCUCUUUUUUCUAUCAGAGUCUCCAAGUAGUGCAGAAAUGAAAAGUCCCAGCCAUAAACAUGCUGGCUUGUGGAGUAUGAAAACAGCCUUUGUGUGAUGUUCUGCUAUUUAUGCUUGUUAUUCAUAGUAUUACAGAAUUAUUUACCUGAUGUUUCUAAUAAAACUGUCCUAAUGUCA